CACCGUGGAGACGACUACACCUGGACUUUGCAGGCCCGUUCCGCGGAACCAUGUUCCUAGUCGUGGUGGACGCGCACUCAAAGUGGCCAGAGGUGUUCACCAUGCAGAGCACUACGACCGAGCGCACUGUGAGGUGCCUACGUGAACUUUUCUGCAGGUUCGGAAUUCCGGAAACAAUCGUUUCAGACAACGGGCCGCAGCUGGUGUCCGAGGAAUUCAAGGUGUUCAUGAGGAACAACGGGGUCAGACACGUCGUGAGCGCCCCAUACCACCCGAGCACAAACGGCCUGGCAGAACGGUUUGUGCAGACACUGAAGUCUGCACUACGCAAGUCAUCUGCUGGUGAGUCUCUGGAAGAAGCAUUGCAACACUUUUUACUGACGUACCGGAAUACUCCACAUUCAACAACAGGAGAGACGCCAGCAAACUUGUUGAUGGGCAGAAGAUUGCGUUCCAGGUUGGAUGUAAUCAAGCCUACGGUAGAGGGGAAAGUGAUCCACAAGCAAUUUAUACAAAGUAAGCAACGGAGGACAAGCAGAGAAGAAAUCUGCCCUGGUGACAAUGUCCUAGUGCGAAAUUACAGGAGUUCGCCGAGGUGGUUACGUGGUACCGUCCUCAAGAAGACUGGUCCAGUAUCUUACCAAGUCCAGGUUACCACGCCUCGAGGCAAGUUCAUCUGGCGUCGGCACCUCGAUCAACUUUUGAGCCAAACACGGCCAACGGCAACGCCGGUACCUUCGGACACCGACGACGCUGAGGGGUUCCUGGUCUUUUCACCAGGCGAGCCAAGUGUCCCGGCCACGGUACAAGAGCAUGGGCCACAGCAGCCUCACACCAUCCCGCAACGGGAUCCUGUACCUCCUACAGGCCGAUCUACUUCUGAAGGACGCUACCCAUCGAGAGAACGGCGUCCGCCUGACAGAUACCAAGCUCGCUCCUAACUUUUGUAUAAUACUGCCGUUGGCGCUGCUACGUAAUUAAAGGGGGAGGAGUGUUGUGUAGUUACCGCCAAGCGCGCGCUACUGGGACUAUAGUGGCGGCGCUUUAGUUCCUUCGCUCUUCUUCUUUAUCGUCGUGUC